UAUUAAUUAGAUUACCGAUGAUGUAUAAAAAUGAUAAAUCUUCCUAUUUAGGUAUAUGAUAUGUAACAAAUUUCGGUCAAAAAAAUGUCCUGCACGUUUAAAAUUUGAAGUUGACGAGAAUAAUACGGAGAAAAAUUUUACAUUGAGCAAAAACCACAACCAUGUUGAACCGAAAGCUGAAUAUCUCAUUCGUCAAUUCAAAGACGAGUUUAAGAAAGAAAUUACUACAAGUUCAACAAAACCUUGCAUUAUAUACGGAAAAUUAUGUUUAAGAUUUCCUGAAGGCGCUACAUUGGUACCCUUUAACAGUAUGCUUUCAACAAUAAAUAAUUGGCGAAGGGAAAUUCGUCCCCCACUGCCUAAAAGUUUAAAAGAUUACGUUAAUUUUUUAAAUAUGGAACAAUGGAAACAUUUUUUAUCACGUAAUCUGAGCAAACUGCAAGUUAUGAGUAUUGAAAGUAAAGAUGGAUCUUCUGCUGCUGUUUUAGCUGAUAAAAACUUUUUAGAAACCAUAAAUACGACCCAUUUGCUUAUAGAUGCGACUUAUGAAGUAUGUCCUCGAGCACCUACCGAAAUAUAUCAAUUUUUAACUAUUAUGGCUAUAAUAGAUGAUAAUGCAAUUCCGAUAACAUGGGCUAUAAUGACAAACAAAAGUAAAAUUAGUUAUAAGGACAUUUUUCAUUACUUUGCAACAGAAUUAGCUCCACAUCUUAAAAUAAAUUUGGUUACUUCAGAUUUUGAAUUGGGUUUGAUGGGUGCCAUAAAGUCUGUUUAUAUUGAUGCAGAAAUACAAGGGUGUAACUUUCAUUUUAAUCAGGCAGUACUAAAAAAAACGAAAGAACUAAAAUUAGGUAAAUUAAUUCAGGAAAGAGAUGAUAUAAAGAUUUUCAUCAGGAAAUUAUUGUGUCUACCCCUUUUACCAGCCAAUGACAUAAAUGAAGCAUUCUUAUGGCUAAUAAAUUCGCAUAAAGAAAUUAAGCUAUUAUUGAAAGAAUUGAUAGAUUAUUUUCAAAGUUAUUGGAUAAAAAUUAUUAAGCCAGCGCGGUUCUGCUGUUAUAGACAAUCGAAUAAAACGAAUAAUUUUAUUGAAUCGUAUCAUAGGGUACUACGAUUAAAAAUGGGAUCGCAUCCAUCAAUUUGGGAGUUCACAGAACAAUUAGCAGCGCUUCAAGAGUUGAAAAAAAUAGAGACGCUAUCUUUGAAGCAAAACUUAGAAAUUCGAAGACAACCAAAACUUCAAAUUACAAUGAAAAAAUCGAUGUAUGAAUAUGUAUGGGAUCUAUACGACAAUGGAACUCUGGACAUUAAUCAAUUUUUAGAGUGUACGAGACAUAUGACUCAAGCUUUUAAUAACACCAAAGUAUGGACCAAUAUGGAUGACAUCAAUAACUUCAUUGUAUCAAUUGUCUGA